AUGGCAAAACAAGUAACAUAUUCUCCCGUCGAUAAUUCACCAUACGUUACUAGAAUUUUAGCCACAACGGAAGAGGUUAAUACCGCAAUCGAACGUUCGCAUGUAGCCUUUCAAUCAUGGAAAAAAUUUCCCGUCAAAGAACGUGUUCAAAUUAUAUCCAAAUUCAUUGAUGCUUUUGUCGCAAAAAAAGAAAGUCUUGCAAUGGAAUUGACCUUACAAAUGGGAAGGCCAAUUAAGUAUGCGCCCAGUGAAAUUAAUGGUACAGAAGAACGUGCACGUUAUAUGAUUUCAAUUGCGGAGGAGAGUCUCAAAGAUGUUGAAAUCACGGAUUCUGAUAAACCUGGAUUUAAACGGUUCAUUCGAAAAGAGUCUUUAGGUCCAAUUCUUAUAAUUGCUGCUUGGAACUAUCCGUAUCUCAUUUCCGUAAACGGUGUUGUUCCAGCACUCCUUGCAGGUAAUACCGUUAUUUUGAAACAAUCUUCUCAGACUCCUUUAUGUGCUGAGAGAUUUGCUGAAGCUUUCAAAGAGGCCGGCCUUCCAGAUAAUGUAUUCCAGAUUUUACACAUGUCACAUAGUGACGCAGAGAGAGCCAUCAAAAAUCCACUUAUUGCAUUCGUAAAUUUCACCGGUUCGGUUGAGGGGGGCAGAGAAAUUCAAAUGGCUGCCAGUACUAAAUUUAUUGCAACAGGACUUGAGUUAGGUGGAAAAGAUCCUGCAUAUGUUCGACAUGAUGCUGACAUAGAUUAUGCUGCUGAACAACUUGUUGAUGGCUCAUUCUUCAAUAGUGGACAAUGUUGUUGUGCAAUUGAACGAAUUUAUGUUCAUGAGAAAGUAUACGAUCAAUUUCUUCAGAAAUUCGUAGAAUUAAUAAAGCACUAUAAAUUGGGUGAUCCAACGGAACCCGAUACGACUCUUGGUCCAAUGGUUCGUACCAAAGCUGCAGAAUUUGUACGAAAGCAGAUUGAAGAAGCUGUUAGUCAAGGUGCAAAACCUUUAAUAGAUAUUAAAUUAUACCCUCAAGAUAAGAAAAACACACCGUACAUGGCACCUCAAGUUCUUGUUAACGUAGAUCACUCAAUGAGAGUCAUGACAGAAGAGAGUUUUGGUCCUGUAAUUGGAAUCAUGAAAGUUGGUGUAGAGGUUUCUUCUGAUGUGGAAGCUAUUCGGCUAAUGAAUGAUUCAGAAUUUGGUCUUACAGCGAGUAUUUGGACCAAAGAUCAGGAUGCUGCUAUAGCCGUUGGAAAUGAAAUCGAGACUGGAACUUGGUUUAUGAACCGUUGUGAUUAUCUUGAUCCAGCUUUGGCUUGGGUAGGAGUUAAGAAUUCGGGCCGAGGAUGCACUUUGUCGAGAUUUGGAUUUGAUUAUCUUACAAGACCUAAAUCAUUUCAUUUGAAAUUGACAACCAAAUAA